AUGGCGAAAACUCUGGCCCAUAACUGGUCCUUCAGACCCAGGAGUUACAACAGUUCUUGUACAUGCAUUGAGGGGACUUGUCACAAUACUAUCGAUGGUGAUGGAAAGUGCAAGCCUGGCUCCUGUCAGUUUUCAUACACUGGUGACAACUGCGACAAGACAUGGAAAGUUUGUCCAGCGUUUGACAAGAAACUGCUGCACUGUCAUGUUCAUGCCCAUUGUGAGAUUGACAGACCAAGAAGACAACCCUUAGGAGGUUUACUGCCCUUAUUAAGUCUGCUACCAUUAGGUCCUAGACCAAGAUACAUGUGUUCCUGCAACACUGGGUACACAGGGAAUGGGAGAGAAUGUUUCCCCAUUGAUCCCUGUGCAUUACCAGACAGAGGCGGCUGCCAUCCACAGGCCAAGUGCAUACAAACAGGUCCAGGUAAAAGUGUUUGUGUUUGUGACCCUGGUUGGCAUGGUGAUGGGAAGUCCUGCUCCCCUAUUGCAGUGUGUACAGUACACAAUGACUGUCACCCAGAUGCUCGCUGUGUGCUGCUCAUACCAGGACAGAGAGUAAUUAGUUCCUAA